UAUUUUUUGAUAUAUAUGCAAUGCUAAAUCCAAGAAGAACUGGAAGAAGGUCCAACUUGGGGUGUUCCCACCCCCCAAAAUUCAAGAUUUAAAGGGACCCAGUUUUGUUUUAGUUGGUUUUUUGGCUUUUUCCUUUUGCAAAAAGUGGGAAGAAAACUCAACACAAAAAAAAAGCAACACAAAAAAAAAAGACUUUGGGGUCAAAGUGUUUGGGAAACUUCCACUUCCUUUGCUUGAGAAAUGGCAGCAGAAUUGAGCCCAGAAGAAGAGCAGGCCACCAAGCAGUUUUUGGAAGAGAUCAACAAGUGGACGGUCCAAUACAAUGUCUCUCCGCUCUCCUGGAACGUGGCCGUCAAGUUCCUCAUGGCCAGGAAGUUCGACGUCCUCCGAGCGAUCGAGCUUUUCCACUCCUAUCGGGAAACCAGGCUGAAGGAAGGGAUUGUGAAGUUGAAGCCCCACGAGGAGCCCCUCCGAUCGGAGCUGCUGAGCGGCAAGUUCACCAUCCUGAGCGUGCGAGACCCGUCUGGCGCCUCGAUUGCCCUUUUCACCGCCAAGUUGCACCACCCCAACAAGAGUGUCCAGCAUGUGGUGCUCCAAGCGCUCUUCUACUUGCUGGACCGGGCCGUGGAGAGCUUCGAAACCCAACGGAACGGUCUGGUGUUUAUAUACGACAUGGCGGGGUCCCAUUAUACCAACUUCGAACUCGAUCUCAGCAAAAAGAUCCUCAAUUUACUGAAGGGAGCCUUCCCAGCUCGCUUGAAGAAGGUCUUCAUCGUGGGCGCUCCGAUGUGGUUCCGGGUGCCUUACUCCAUCAUCAGCCUCUUGCUUAAGGAGAAACUCCGGGAAAGGGUCCAGAUGGUGAAGAUGUCCGAGCUGAAGGAGCACCUCCCGCAGGAGUGUCUCCCGGAGUAUCUCGGCGGAUCCCUCAAGCUGGAUCCUGUCAGCUGGAAUGGCCGGUUCCUCCCGCAGCAGAACGGCCACCCGGACCCCCUGGACGAGCUGAUCCUGGUGCCCUUGGUCUCCCCCCGGGACAACGGCUCGGUCCACGUCCCCGGGCCCAGGGGGAUGACGGUGCAGGAGGUGCUGGAGCACGUCGAGCAGAAGCAGAAGCGCGGGCUCUACGAGGAGUACGACGGCAUCCGCAGGAGGAGCCCCGCAGGCACCUUCGCCUGCUCCUUAGCUCCCUUUAACCAGGAGAAGAACCGAUACGGCGACGUCCCCUGCCUUGACCAAACCAGGGUGAAGUUGUCCAAACAGUUCAGCUACCAGGAGUUGACCGACUACAUCAACGCCAGUUUCAUGGAUGGCUACAAACAGAGAAACGCUUACAUUGGAACCCAAGGGCCACUAGAAAACACCUACAGUGACUUCUGGCGCAUGGUGUGGGAGCAGAACGUCUUGGUGAUUGUCAUGACCACAAGACUCGAAGAAGGUGGCCGGAGGAAGUGUGGCCAGUACUGGCCCUUGGAGAAGGACUUUCAGUGCUGCUAUGGGACGCUGACCGUCACCAAUUUGGGAGUGGAGAACCUCAACCAUUACAAGAAGACCGUUUUGGAGAUUUACCACUGCGAGAGUCGUGAGCGGCGCCUGGUGACCCACUUCCAGUUCUUGAGUUGGCCUGACUACGGGGUCCCUUCUUCGGCAGCGACGCUCAUUGACUUCCUGGGGGCCGUCAAGCACCAGCAGAGAGUGGCGGUCAGCGCCCUGGGACCACGAUACAAAGGGCAUCCGGGUGGUCCACCCAUCGUGGUGCAUUGCAGCGCCGGGAUCGGCCGGACAGGAACGUUCUGCGCGCUGGACAUCUGCCUCUCGCAGCUGCACGACGUGGGGACGCUGAACGUCUUCCAGACGGUGGUGCGGAUGAGGACGCAGCGCGCCUUCAGCAUCCAGACCCCCGAGCAGUACUACUUCUGCUACAUGGCCGUCAUCGAGUACGCCCAGAGGGAGAACCUCCUCCCCGCCUCCCGCCAUUGGGCCGGCGGGGAGAGGAGCUAAUGGGGGCCGCCGAUGGACUCCCCCACCUACGGACGGCGGACAGCAGAAGCUUUCCUUCCUUCGUAUUGUCAAAGGCUUCCAUGGUUGGAAUCACUGGGUUGUUGUAGGUUUUUCAAGAGGUUCUAGCAGCACUCUCUCCUGACAUUUCGCCUGCAUCUGUGGCAAGCAUCCUCAGGUUGUGAGGUCUGUUGGAAACUGGAAAAUGGGGUUUAGUGAAUAUAAUAUAAUAUAUUGUGUGUACAUAUAAUAUUUAUAAUAUUAUAAUAAGGGAAAGGUUUUCCCCUGACAUUAAGUAAUAAUAAUAAUAAUAAUAAUA